GCACUCUUAGUUUGAAGGGAAAAGGAAAUUUUGAUUGGGCGGCCAUAUUGGAUCCCGGUAAGGACGAAUAAGUGAGGGGAGAAAAGAAGCUGAACUGCACUGAUCAUGAACAGACACCUGAGGACAUUUCUGGCUUGUAUGGUAAGACUCAGGACUGAUUUGUCCUCAAGGGGAACUUCCUUCCUGUGUCCUUACACAUGCACUUCAGAUUUGCGGACUCAGUCUACGAGCGUGAAGACGCGCUCGUACCUACAGUAUGUUAAAAGGAAAGUCUUCGCCCCCAGAGCUCCUCCGUACGGCCACGUGUGUCAGGUCGGAGAUCCGGUAUUGCGCUGCAGAGCCGCAGACGUGGAGCCGGCAGCUGUGCAGGGAGCGGAAGUGAAGCGCGUGAUCAGCACCAUGGUAACGGUGAUGCGCAGGCUGAGGUGCGUGGGUCUGAGCGCGCCGCAGGUCGGGGUUCCUCUGCGCAUCAUAGCUGUGGAGUAUAGCGAGAGAAUGCUGCAGGAGAACCCUCCAGCCGCCAUCGAGGCCCGUGGGCUGGUGACAGUGCCCCUCAAGGUGGUCAUUAAUCCUCAGCUUCGUGUGCUGAAUGGACAGACUGUCAGCUUCCAGGAGGCCUGUGAGAGCCUCUCAGGAUUCUCGGCUUCUGUUCCGCGCUACAUCUCUGUAGAGGUCUCAGGACUGAAUGAAAAAGCCGAACCAGUCACGUGGCAAGCGAGCGGCUGGCCAGCAAGAAUAGUGCAGCAUGAAAUGGAUCACCUCGAUGGAGUUCUUUAUGUUGAUCGUAUGGACAGUAAAACGUUUAUUAAUGUGAACUGGGAACAAUACAAUGAAUAACAGUUCUGCAUUAAACAAUUACAUUUGUUUGUCACUGA